GCGGAAUCUUCGCAUCUAAUUUCCAGGAUCAAAUCGGAAUAUAACGCCGGGGGGAUUCCAAUUCCUUUCCCUCGUCUCCCAUAAUCUCUCUUCUCCCAGCAGCAAUAGAAUUCCCACCAAAACAGAGCAGUGCAAGAGAGGGACAGAGAAAGGGAAGGAGAAAGCUUCCUUCUUUCUCUAUUCUUCUCGGCUGCAACAAACUAGUUUUGAUUUCUUCACCACCAUUGGUUGGUUUUCUGUAUUUUUUGGGCAUUUGGAGAGUUGUCGUGAGGGAUUGAGCAAUUGUUUGUCGGUGGAAUAAGUUAAUAGCCAAGUGGAAGAUAAUAUGAGCUUCGAGGAUUCCAUGGCGGUUUCUGCGGUGGCCUUUGAGAAAACUUGCUUUAUCGAGAGAUCUUCUGAAAGCAAUGACAUGGAGUACUCGAAGGAAGGGGAAACUCAGAUAAAGUUUUCCAAAGAAGUUAAGUGUGAGAUGGUGGAUUUUGAUUCUUUGCCGGACUAUCUGAAGGACAAUGAAUUCAUCUUGGGUUAUUAUCGUUGCGAAUGGCCUCUGAAGGAGACCAUCCUCAGCAUCUUCUCCAUUCACAACGAGACUCUAAAUAUUUGGACGCAUUUGAUUGGAUUCCUUAUAUUUCUUUCUCUGACUGUAUUCACUGCAAUGAUGAUACCAAAAGAUGCUCCUUUCCCGUCCAUGCAACACCCAGGCGAAUUAGAGAAUGCUAUGCCAGCUUUAAUAAGUUGGCAUCUUCCUGAGCUUCUUGUCAACUGUCUGCCCAAGAGAUUCUCCUAUGCAAGCAACGUCACCGAUCCAUGUGUUCUGACAAGCGUGAAGGACGACGUAACCAGCAUAAUAUCGCCACUGCUCAUGAAGCCAGUCACUCGCUGGCCUUUCUUUGCCUUCUUAUGUGGUGCCAUGUUCUGCCUUCUUACCAGCAGUAUAUGCCACCUUAUCUUAUGCCACUCUGAACGAAUGGCCUUUAUCAUGCUUCGGCUUGACUACGUUGGGAUAGCAGCCCUCAUUGUCACCUCCUUCUACCCUCUAGUCUACUACUCUUUCAUGUGUCAACCCUUCUAUUGCCACCUUUACAUGGGCUUCAUCACAACAUUUGGGGUGGCCACCAUCUCAGUCUCCCUAGUGCCUGUGUUCCAGACUGCUGAAUUCCGGUCUGUGAGAGCUGGGCUCUUCUUCUGCAUGGGAGUAUCAGGACUGCUGCCUAUAAUGCACAAAUUGAUUGCAUUCCAUCACCGACCGGAGGUGAUCCUCUCGGCGGGUUAUGAGUUGCUGAUGGGUACAUUUUAUGGUCUUGGUGUGGUGGUCUAUGCUACGAGAAUACCGGAGCGGUGGAUGCCGGGAAGGUUCGACAUCAUCGGUCAUAGUCAUCAGCUAUUCCAUGUGCUAGUGAUUGCAGGGGCUUACACCCACUAUCUUGCAGGCCUUGUAUACCUCAAGUGGAGGGAUUUUGAAGGUUGUUAGUGGUAUUAUAGACUAGCUUUUGAGACGCCAUUCUUUUGUAUGAGAUUGGCAAAGCUUUUUCAUCUGGAGCAUGCCAUGUAAACUAAAAAUCCUUCAGAAAUGAAUAAUAGUCUAAACAGAAUGGGAGUCAGGUCUCUGACUUGUAUAA